GAUACUUCAACCUUCAUUGUCCUUGCCAAGACUACUCCCUUCCCCAACCUCUAGAUCUGAAGACGAUCAGUCAUCUACACAACCUUUCAUAAUCUGCAGUCGUGAUUGCAGAGCAACAAAACCCGCAAAUUAGCAUGACGGACUGCCCACCAACGACGCCAAAAUGUCGACCUUCAGGGGAGUGAUGGAGGGGUUCGAGGAUAUUCGAGUUGAUUAUUUCCGCCCUACUUCAGGACUGCCCAAUCCUCGAGCAUGCUUUCUCAGCCAUGUUCACAGCGACCACCUCCAGGGUCUCGAGUCGAAGUUGUGGCGUACCUCUCCGAUAUACUGUUCACCGGCCACCAGAGAGAUUCUUCUUCGACUAGAGACAAAGAAGAAUAGGAUAGGAUACGAGACGAAGGUCUUGGAGGCAAGAAAAGUCCAAUACAGGCAUCUCGAAAAGCUUCUUAAGCCUAUCCCUCUUGAUACACCCACCGAAAUUGAAUUGAAGCCCAGUAUCAAGUUACAAGUUACACUGUUCGAUGCGAACCAUUGCACAGGAGCUGUGAUGUUCUUGUUUGAAUUGGAUGGAACUGCCGUUCUGUACACUGGUGAUAUCAGAUCCGAUCCGUGGUUUGUCAACUCGUUAAGUCGCAACCCAUUGUUGAUCGAAUACACAUCAGGUUUGAAGACGCUUGAUUGUGUGUACCUCGACACCAGUAAUACUGUACCACGCGUAUUCCCAUCGAAGGCAGAUGGACUCAAGGAGCUGGUGGAGAAAGUUUUGCAAUACCCUCAAGAUACCGUCUUCCACUUCACUGCUUGGACGUAUGGUUAUGAGGAAGUAUGGAUGGCACUCUCAAAGGCUCUCAAGUCCCAGAUUCAUGUUAGCAAAUAUGCCUACGGUGUGUACAAGUCCUUGCGAGGCGAAACCUGGGACAAGAAAGGACAAUUCACCAACUUCCCCAUACAUGAAGGAGCUGCUCUGACCGGUUACACCUGCGGUAAUGGUUUUCAAUCUGGAUGCCUAACAGUGAAUCCCAAUGUCCGGCUGCAUUCUUGCGAGAAAGGCAUUGGAUGUCCCCUACUCAAUGACAAGACCGUCUGGAUUCAACCAAUCGUCAGACGAAGAGAGGAUGGUACUGACGAAGCAGAGCCUGCCGUGGUACAAGCUGGCAACGAUUUAAGCGGAUGCCCUCAGAUUGAAUUUGAUGGAGAUGUUUGCAUUGAUCAGUUGAUGCCACUCUUCUCGGGCGCGAACAACUCAGUCAUGCGGGACGUCAAAGAACUACUAUCCAAAGUCCUUGAUACCCCCGGCCGAGUCUUGUCUUUGGCAGAAUUCGGAUCAGAUGGAGAAGAUAGCAAUGUUUCAUUGGCUCAGCUUGCGGCCGCAGUGAUUCGGGCUGUUACUGAACAACAACGCAACGACUUAAUCACUUCGCGGGAGAAGGGCAAGUCCCAAUCACUCCCUAAGGUCAUCACGUUCCCUUAUUCUCGACAUUCAUCAUAUGAGGAAUUGUGUGAACUUCUGAAGAUAUUUAAACCAAAGGACGUUUGGCCCUGUACAGAGGAUCCAUACUACUGGCAUGAAGUCGGAAUGAGUAUCAAAGAUCUCUUUGGUCACGAAUGCUCCGAGGCCAUUUUUCGGUACGACCGAGAGAUGUCGCAGAAAGUGUCCCAGGCCGCAUCUCGACAUGUUCAUAUUCAGUCACAAACAACAGCAAGUUCGCAGCUCUCAGCACCGUCAGUUAGUCCACCUUCAAAGAAAAUAGCUUAUCUUGCUACGUCGACUGCAGAAGCCGAGGAUGAGCGAACUUCUCGGUCCUGGCUCAUGGAUGUUGAUGACGAGGAUGCUCCCACUUCGCCUAUCAUGACAAAUAGUGUUGAAUUGUCUGCACGAAGUGGGACCAAACUCAUUAACCGCAACGGACAAGGACUUCUGAGACCCUUCGAUGCGCAAGGUAGUGAAAUCGAUGUGGCAUCAAGAGCACCAGAGUCGAUCCCAGAGGUUCUGUCGAGCUCCCGGCGCAAGUCAAAUUUCACCGACUUAGGUACCCCACUCAAGCGUUCUCGCCUGAGUCUAGAUGAUUCGGAAUCGUCACCAACAGGCAUUUUGGCUGGCCAGAAAUGUAACCCCUACACGAUUUCCUCUGACGAUUCGGAUCGUGACAAUCCAGACACACCAGAAUCUGAUGCAAACAGUGAAGAGUCCCAAGAAGGUAAGGAUGAAAUUACAUUCUUCGAUCCCGUAGAUGCGAUCUUCCGCUGCAAAGCAUGCGAGCAUGAAGUAUUGGGUGGUGAACACGGAGUUUGUACUGGCUGUGAUCAAAGCGCUCUUGAUUUUCCUUACAUCGAGGAGGCACCUGGUGGAGCUGGACCUUUACCGCAAAUCGCUCUUGAUGAGUACACGGAUGAAGUUGUUGUCGAGUCAACUGUCAUCAAGGAACUUGUUGGUGAUUGCCUCGACUACGAUUCUUCCGCUUAUGACUCUCAAGAUUCAGCCGCCAAAUUGGAAGAACAGUACGAAAACAACAGCUUCAUUAAUGAUGAAGACAUCCCAGAGCCUGAGUCUGAAGAGGAGUCUGACUCCAGCAGUGGCGAGGUUGAUUGGGAGGCCAAAUUUAAGGAGCUUCAGAAUCAACACCUUGGACUUCAAAAUAACUUCAAUGAUCUUGCAGUGCGGCAUUACGAGUUCCGGAAGGAAAUCUUGGGCUCGGACAUGUCAUCUGAGGCGGACGACGAUGACGUAGAUGAAGACGAUUUCGAUGAGGACGGCAUGCUGAUCGUUGAAGUCACUCCUCCCGAUCCUAUCGCUACGGACAUCGUCUUGUCACAGGCGGGAGAGCAGUCCCAGGACUCGGAGGUCACCGAAGAGCGCAUUAGAGAUCGUGUGGAGGCUUUUGAGGCGGCGAGAGAUGGUGGCUGGCAUGAGAUGUCGCUGGCUUCGGUUUCAGGCAAUCAUACGUAUGCGGAGAUUGAGUUGUAGAAGUCUGUUGACAUCUACCGGAAGGCAUUGUUGAUCAAUGACUUACGAGGGCGACGACGGGGAGAAUAUCGAUUUGCUAUUUUACAGGAACGGAGGAAAUGGCGAUUUGGAGUCUUAUGAGAUAAAUACCCAGAGAUUUGCUUUUUCCUUUGCUUUUUAUUUUGCUAUUGUGCAUGGAUGGGAGGGAACGGGAUGAGAGGAGCGGGGGAUCAUGGAAAGGGUGCAUUAUACCCACGGAUUAGCAUUCGCAUUUGCAUCAGGCGUACUUGGACUGGCUUCAUAAGGAAUGGUCAUUAGCUAAAUUAAUUAGCUAGUUACUUAACUCUCUCAAUCAGUCGUAACUAAAUAUGAGA